CAAAGAGAAUUAAUUCAUCUUCAUAACAGCCUCCUCCCCCGGAGGCUUAUUUUGUUUUACCAAUCAUAGCUGGAUAUAUAGUUUGUAAGACCCAGAAUUUGAAGGGGAGGGGCCAUGGCCAUUGCAGGAAUGUCGAGCCACGCCAUUCUUAUCUUGUGCUUAGCUGCACUGGCCUGUCAGGCCUCCGCAACCGCAGUUACCCAGGUUGUGCCCGAUAUUUUCCGUGGCACUAAUUUGGGUGUCCAUGACAAAGUGGAUCCUACAGAGAAAAUCUUUAACGUGUUGGAUCAUGGCGCCAAGCCUGAUGGGUCUGGCGAUUCAAGCAUUGCUUUCAUACAAACAUGGAUUGCAGCAUGCCGCAACCACACCGGGAGAUCAAGGGUUGUAAUCCCAAAAGGGACUUUCAAAACUGGGCCAGUCAUAUUUCAAGGGCCAUGCAGCUGCUCAAAACCCAUUGUUGUUCAAGUUUCAGGGACCAUCAAAGGCCUGAAUGAUAUUUCCUUGUAUGAAGAACCAUUCUGGUUCUUGUUUGAACGUGUAGAGGGCUUGGUCCUCACAGGCAAUGGCGUCUUUGAUGGGCAAGGUUCAAGUUCCUGGAAAAACAUUGAUGGCUGCAGCAGUUGCAGUCCACUCCCAGCUAGCAUCAAAUUUAACGGUGUCAAAAACGGGGUCAUCCGAGGCAUCACCUCCCUUAACAGCAAAGGAGUUCACGUUUUCCUCACUAACAGCCAGAACAUUAGGGUGCGAGGAGUGAACAUCUCUGCCCCUGACACAAGCCCCAACACUGACGGCAUCCACAUCAGCAACUCCAACAACAUAAAGAUCGCCAGAGUUCACAUUGGAACUGGUGAUGAUUGCAUUGGCAUGAUUCAGGGAUCCACCAACGUUGCCAUCAACAAUGUUGUCUGUGGCCCUGGACAUGGCAUCAGUAUCGGUAGCCUUGGCAAGUACCAGAAUGAAAAUGACGUGACGGGGAUCAUCGUGAAGAAGACGACGUUUUUGAACACAGACAAUGGGAUUAGAAUCAAAUCAUGGCCAGGAUCGACCCCAAGCCGAGCCUCAGGCAUGAUUUUCCAGGACCUUAUCAUGCAGAAUGUUAAGAAACCCAUCAUAAUUGACCAAGAGUAUUGCGCAGGGGGCUGCAACAAGAACCAGCCAUCACGCGUACAGAUCAGCAAUGUUCACUACAUAAACAUCAAAGGGACCACAGCAUCAAAGAUUGCAGUGGAUUUCAUUUGCAGCAGCCAGUUCCCUUGCAAAAAUGUUGAGCUUCGGGACAUCAAUUUGAACUACAUUGGUCCCAGCAAUGGCGGGCCUAUCACCUCCAUAUGCAAAAAUGCAGAAGUAGGAUUUGGUGGCAUACAAAACCCACCAGCCUGCCAUUAAGCGCCUGCUCUAGUUGAAGACAAGCACCCUUGUCCUGCUUGGCUACAUAUACGUAUGUAUAUAUACACGAAGAGGAUGAGGAGAGCAUCUUGGGUUUAAGAAGAAGAUUUAAUAUUGGGGGUGUCUCUGGGGUUGAUGCAUAUGUAUUCAUCUCUCAAAUGGGGAAGGUUUAUUAUUUUGCAGCAUCAGUCUCGGUGUGCUUCUGAUUACCAGAGGGGCGGUGUGCUUCUGAUUACCAGAGGGGCCAUGGCCCCCCCAAAAUUUAUAAAUAAUAUAAAUUAUUCUUUCGGUAUA